UGUGAGUUUAAAUUAAAAUCAUCUCUUGCGAUAUUUCUUGUUUUUUGUGAAUUUUUAAUUUCUAUUAAGAAAUUUCUACGAAUACACCUCAUUUGUAUAACGCCGGUGAAAUAAGAGAAAGAGAAGCGCGCAGUAAAUUUUUAAGAACUAUUUAAAUCUUUUAUUUAAUUAAAGUACAAAAAAAACUUUUUGUUCCCGUUUGCUGUUUAUUGUAUUUUUAAAAUAAGUUGCUUUUCGGUUGAACGCUUUCCAAAUAUUACAGUAUAUAUGUAAAUACAGUAUGUACAUAUAAAUAUACAUACAUAUAUGUAUGUAGAUACAUGGUUAAUUGAUCGAAUUCCGCUGCUAUACUUGUAGAAUUUUGUUUAAAUUCUAAUUUUAAAUGAAAAAAUACAGACAAGGAAUACAAAAAAUAUAUCAUAAAAUAACUUUGAAAACGUAAUGGAUUUUUUUUUAUCGAAAUUUAUUAAUCGUUCCUCGCCAAGUAACGGAACAGAAUUAACGAAUGAGGAAAGCUAUUGUAACCAAAUUGAAGAUGAGACAAUUAAAAAUUCAAAUAAUCAUUCAAGUGAGGGUCGCGAUCAAGGAUUGCAGGUGAAUCAAAAUUUACCGGACAUUAAUUUCAUUACGAACAACGCAAGUACAUGUGAGGAACAAAUAAAUUACAACUCAAACGGUAGUAAAAUUGUAUUAGACGAAUCCUCUAAGCUAAAUUUAAAUGGAAUUAAUGCUGAACACAAAGCAAUGGAAAUUUUACUUUCAGGAAGCCCUAAAGAAGAAUCAGGAGUAUAUCCAUUAAGCGCAGCAAGCUUAUUUUCGGAGGAAAUUAUUCCGUCUACCAGUAAUGAUUCACAAGUAAAUAAAACGGUUAUUACACAAACAAAUAUCCUUCCUAAUUCUAAUAUUAAGAUUCAUCAGAAAUCAACAGAUAAAACUGACAAUAUAAAGAAAAACAGUGAAAUAGAAAUCGAAAUGACUGAAAAUCGUACUAAAAUCUCGAAGAAAAGCAUUCAAUCAAAUCCGAAGGAAUUUUCUGCAAUGCAAGAAACAUUAAUCCAGGGGCCAAAUAUUGACAAUAUUGCAAAGAUAGAUCCAGAUUUUACAAAUAAUACCGUUGAAAAUCAAUUAUAUAAUUUCAACCAAAAAAAAAUGGGAAUACAAGAUCCACCUGACAUUGAAAACUUUAAUGAAAUUUUGGAACUACUAGCUCAAGAAGAUCUUUUAGAUGAAUUUUCAAUAGCCACUGCUAUACAAUAUUUAAAAAAUUCAAAUCAAGAAUCAGAAUUAUGUGAAAUAAAUUCAGACUUAGUCAUCAAAGACGAAACUGAAUUGAAUCAAUCUAGCAUAGUAAAUAAUAAUGAUAACCCUUUUAUUCAAGAAAACUGUUCUAAUAUAAUUAACUUGACGAAUUACGUUGCCGAGUCAAAAACAGCAGAUAAAAUAUUUGCAACUAAGAUUGAUGAAAAUAAAGACCAAUCCGUUUCAAAUAAAACGGACAGUUUAAAUGAUGAAAUUCUAAAUAUUACAAAUAAUAAAGUUGAAGUACCGCUUGAAAUUUUGCAUGAAAAAUGUGAUACUACUGUAGCAAAGAAGGAACAAUAUGAAAUUUUAGGCACCAAAUUUUCAAAAUAUGAUAUUAAUUCUUUUACUGACAUUAACUCGAAUAAGUCUCUCCUAUUAAACGAAAAUUUAAAUCCAAAUACAAUAUCCACUGUAAACACAGAACUUUUGAAAGAGCAGCAAGAACAAAAAUCAAGUGCAUCGACAAAUAUUUUAAAUUCCAAAAAAAUAGCACCACUAGACGACAUUAAGAUAAAAGAAAAUGUCAAGCAACCAGCUAGUGUAGCAGCAACAGCUAGCGAUACAGUCAAUGUAAAACCGGUGGAGAAUUCUGCAAUAGCUAACAAACAAACUCAAUUUCAAUCAAACAAAAAUAUUUCAAAAGUAAAAGAAUCUGAGGAAAAUAUCGAUCCAAUCGAAACUAGAAGAUUUGGUGACGUUUCCAGUUUGUUUUCAACACCCGAUUCGGUAUCGCCAAACGGAACAUUUUCAGAAGCUACUUUGCCAGAUAUUAUAAAUACGUUACCAACUAUAACUAUAGAUACUCAAGGAAACGAUAUUUUAAAUAUUUCGUCAUUAACCAGUCAUUUAGAUGCCUUACAUGUUCAUAAUUCAGAAAAAAGUCCAAACACUCUAAAUGCGACUAUUACCAAAUCAAACGUUUCACCAAGUAAUAUCUCGUCAGAUGAUGAAUUAUUUGCCGAAUGUGAAUCGUUUCCAGCAAGCGCAAAUAAUUCAACAACUGAUUUUAAUGCUACUAAUAAGAUUGAAACUGAACAGCCAAUCAAUUUGGAUACCAAUUUGAAAUUGAAUAUGCAAUUUGUUGAAAAUUGUAAGAGCGAUUCAAGUACUUUUUCUGAAGUAAAUAUUGUCCAAAAUGUUUCUCAAAAUGAUAUUGAAAUUGAUUUAAAUCAAAAUUUAAAAGAAGAGCCAAAUUGCAGUAUAACAAGUAAAGCACAAGAUGCAAUAUCUCAACGGCCUGAGAUUGAUACAAUUAACAAUAAUCAGGAUUUAAAUGCAAAAAAUUUAAAUAAAGGUAGCGAAGUGAAAACUGAUUAUGAUGCAGAAAAAGGUAGUGUUUUCGAAAUUUUGGAUGAAAAGACUCCUGAAGAUAGUUUGGAAUAUAUACCAACCGAGCAAAACAUAAAACAAAAACAAAGCUCAAAUUCAUCUAUUGAUAUUGAUAGCAUGUCUGACUCCCUAAAUGACACAAAUAGGAAAACAAGUGAGUCAGCUAAUUUUAACCACCAACUAAACAUUAGUGCGCAAUGGUCUGAUAUUGUUUCAUCAAUUAAUUCUAUUGAGCAAGAAAAUUUAGAAAAUUCACAACUUGAUUUAUUGAAUACCACUCCACAAGUAAUAGUACAGGCAGCUUCCACUGCACCAAUUGUUGAUAAAAAAUCUUCUAAAUACAAUACCCCCAAUCUUGUGGAGGAAGAAACUCUUUUAUAUAAAAAACAGGAUAAAAUCUGUAUUUUCGAACAUACGAAUGAGAAUAUAGAAAAACAAACCAACGCGCAAAAUGAGCAAUUUAAAUUAAAUGUGAUUGAAGUUCCCUUAUCAAAAGAUGAUACUUCUGAAAAAGAAACUACUAUGAAUAUUACUUCUGAAAUAAAGUCAGCUUUUCAAUCCCUUAAUAUUGCGGGACAAGAAAAUAAUUUAUCCAAUUCAUUAGAUUGUAGAAACUGUCUUAAUGAUGUCGAAAAUUUAAACAUAAUUCAAAGUGUAUCAGAAAGCGUUCAACCAAGUUAUUCUAAUGAUGCAACAAUUGCAGUCUGUAGCGAAAAAACGGAUAAAACACAUGAUAUUGUCAUAGAAAAUGACUCAAAAUUAUCCCCUGAUAGAUCUUUUUCGUCAAAUUCAAGAGAUUCCCUGAAUGAUAUUGAAAUUAUGAACAUAACUCAAAAUGUAUCAGCAAACAUUCAACCGAGUUACUCUAAUGAUGUAACAAUUGAAGUCUGUGACGAAGCGAUGAACAAAACACAUAAUGUUGCCAUAAAAAAUAAUUCACAAUUACUACUUGACAGAACACAAGAGUCCCCGAAACUCACAAAUAUAACAAAGGAGAGAGCCUUAAAUGAAAUGAGAAAUGAACCCGAUAUUAAUAAAGAAAUUGUAAAAAAAUUAGAUAAUGCAUCACCGUCUGCUUUGGAGAAUAAUUUCAACAACUAUUUUUGCAAAGUGCAAGAUGAAAAAUUUGAUUGUGUUACUUCUACUUUGAAUUUAGGAAAGGCAAACAACGAUUUAAAAUUCAAUAGCGUUCAAGUUAGCAAUUUGAAUUUACCAGAUGGGUGUAACCUAACGGAUAAAAAUGAUAAUUCAGAACACAUUGUAAAUGCAAAACGAAAUUUGUCGAAUAUACCCAAUUGCAAUAAUGAUUUUGAGUAUAUGGAUGUAGAUAUAAGUUUUGAAAAUGAAAAUCAAGAGAUAUUUACAAAAAUUAAUGAUAAUAUUGAAAAAACUGAAACCGCUCCGUUUAGCAUACUACCUCAAAAUUUUGAAAUAUGUAAGAAUAUGGACGAAUUUAAGAGCAUUGGAAAUGAUAAUAAUGUAGAUUUGAUAUUUCAAUCCUGCGAUUUUGAAUAUCUUUCGAAGCGGGGUAGUAAUACAGUCAGAGAUACACGUAAAGAUUCUAUAUUAUUAAAAUUUGAUCCACUGUUGGGAAAACCAGUACCAGCCCCAACAAACUUAUUUAAUCGUUCUACCAUACAUGAGGAAGAGGAUACAAUUUCACCAGAAACAUCAAUAGGCAACAGAAUAAGAAACAGAGAAAAAGAAUUUCAAAUUGAAAGUAAUAAUAUAUUAAUAAAUGUGCCAACAACGAACGUAGAAAGUCAAAGUAAAAAACAAAAAUCUCCAAUCAAAUUAUCAAUUAAUAAAAAAGAUAUAACAAGAUCGUCUAAUACAUUUGAUUCACCUUUAUUAGAAGAAUUUGAAAAUUUAGAAAGAAGAUUAGAACUUGAAGAAAGGGAGGCUGUCGUUAAUAAAAUGAGUGUUGAUGUUAUUUCAAAUAACCUAAAAAUUGAAAAUGAUGUUCAACCAAAUGAAAAUAUAAAUAGUGAAAUAAAUUCAAUUGAAAAACAAGAUCUAAAGAUGGAGGACUUAGAAAAGAAGAUAAAAAACGAAGUGUUAAAAACGGAAGACGUGGAAAAAAAAUUAAAAGAUGCUGAACAACGUGAAGAAGCUUUGCUUAAACGGAUAACUGAUAAAGAUAAAACGAUCGCUAAAAUGGGUGGUGUAAUUGAGGCUUAUGAAAAAGCAAUUGCUGAAUUAAUAGCUGAAAAAGAACAAAUUACACAGAAUUAUGAAAAGCAAAUGGAAGAAAUCAAAGCGGAAAGAGAUUUAAACAAACAACAUUUAGAAUCAUUGGAAUCUACUUUUACAGACUUACAUGUAAAAUAUGAAAGAAGUAAACAAUUGUUGGCCAAGUUGAAAGCAAGCGAAGAAGAAUUGCAGGCUGAAAAGAAAAGGAAUUUAGAAAACUUAGGAUUGCAAGAACAACGAUAUGAAAAAAUGAAAAAUCAUGCCAUGCAGCAAUUAGAAAUUGCCAACAAUAAAUUAGAGCAUUUAACAAAAAAUCAUCAACUUGAAAUUACAAAACUUAAAGCGUUAUUGAAAAAGGAGGAAAUAGCAAAAUCAUCUGUUAAUGAGCAAUUAAUACAAAAGUCAAAAGAAAAUGAAGAACUUGUGAAAAUAUGUGAAGAAUUGAUCAACGGUGGUUCAGCAAGUUAAAAAACAUAAUAUUUUAUAUUAAUUUCAUUUUUUAAAUUAUUACAUACUUUAAUUUAACAUAACAAGUAAAAUUAAUAAAAAGAAAAAAACGGAUUUGAUAAAUUUUGUAAAAA